AUGGCCCCACUCGGGCUUCACGCAGCAGGACAACGCUCGGAGCUGCGAGUCAUUGCUUCGGGUGGGAGAGGUGGCUCAGUGCCCACAACCAACAUGGCGGCCGCGGCGGCUUCACCGGUGCCCGGGGUGGCGGGGCUCCGGAACCACGGCAACACGUGCUUCAUGAACGCCACGCUGCAGUGCCUCAGCAACACCGAGCUCUUCGCCGAGUACCUGGCGCUGGGCCAGUACCGGGCGGGGCCCCCCGAGCCCUCGCCUGACCCCGAGCAGCCCGCAGGCCGUGGCGCGCAGGGCCAGGGCGAGGUCACCGAGCAGCUGGCGCACCUGGUUCGGGCCCUUUGGACCCUCGAGUACACACCGCAGCACAGCCGCGACUUCAAGAGCAUUGUGUCAAAGAACGCACUGCAGUAUCGGGGCAAUUCCCAGCACGAUGCGCAGGAGUUUCUGCUGUGGCUUUUGGAUCGAGUUCACGAAGACCUCAAUCAUUCCGUGAAGCAGAGUGGCCAGCCUCCUCUGAAGCCACCGUCAGAGACUGACAUGAUGCCUGAGGGACCAUCCUUUCCUGUCUGCAGCACUUUCGUGCAAGAACUUUUUCAGGCCCAGUACAGAUCUUCUUUGACAUGUCCUCAUUGUCAGAAACAGAGCAACACCUUUGACCCUUUUCUCUGCAUUUCUUUGCCAAUUCCUCUACCCCACACAAGGCCUCUCUAUGUCACUGUAGUGUAUCAAGGCAAGUGCUCUCACUGCAUGCGGAUCGGCGUGGCUGUGCCUCUGUCUGGGACUGUUGCCAGACUUCGGGAAGCAGUGUCUAUGGAAACCAAGAUCCCCACUGACCAGAUUGUGUUAACAGAGAUGUACUAUGAUGGAUUCCAUCGCUCCUUUUGUGACACAGACGACCUGGAAGCAGUCCAUGAAAGUGACUGCAUUUUUGCCUUUGAGACUCCAGAAAUAUUUAGGCCUGAAGGAAUUCUCAGUCAAAGAGGAAUUCUUUUGAACAACAACCUGAACCACUUGAAAUUUGGCUUGGAUCACCAUAGACUGCCUUCCCCUACGCAAACAGCAGCAAAGCAAGGGAAAAUAGACUUGCCUUCCACGAGAGCGGGAGGUGACAAGAUUGUUCUUUUGGUGUGUAAUCGAGCCUGCACUGGGCAGCAAGGAAAAAGGUUCGGACUGCCUUUUGUGCUGCACCUGGAGAAGACUGUCGCGUGGGACCUUCUGCAGAAGGAGAUUUUAGAGAAGAUGAAGUAUUUCCUGAGGCCCACAGUUUGCAUUCAGGUGUGCCCAUUCAGUUUGCGUGUGGUCAGUGUUGUGGGAAUAACCUACCUGUUGCCCCAGGAGGAGCAGCCCCUGUGCCAUCCAACAGUAGAAAGGGCAUUAAAAUCUUGUGGACCAGGUGGUACUGCUCAUGUGAAAUUAGUAGUAGAAUGGGACAAGGAGACAAAAGAUUUCUUGUUUGUAAAUACUGAAGAUGAGUAUAUCCCUGAUGCAGAAAGUGUCCGUCUGCAAAAGGAGCGUCAUCAUCAGCCUCAAACUUGCACUUUAUCCCAGUGUUUCCAACUCUACACCAAAGAGGAACGGCUUGCCCCGGACGACGCCUGGCGUUGCCCUCACUGUAAGCAGCUGCAGCAGGGGAGCAUCACCUUAAGCCUGUGGACUCUGCCUGAUGUGCUCAUCAUACAUCUAAAGAGAUUCCGGCAGGAAGGAGACAGGCGUAUGAAACUUCAGAACAUGGUCAAGUUCCCCUUGACUGGCCUGGACAUGACUCCUCAUGUGGUUAAGAGAAGCCAGAGCAGCUGGAGUUUGCCAUCCCAUUGGUCCCCAUGGAGGCGGCCCUAUGGACUCGGGCGGGACCCUGAGGACUACAUCUAUGACCUGUAUGCUGUGUGCAAUCAUCAUGGCACCAUGCAAGGGGGGCACUACACAGCAUACUGUAAGAACUCUGUGGAUGGCCUCUGGUACUGCUUUGAUGACAGUGAUGUCCAGCAGCUCUCUGAAGAUGACGUGUGCACACAGAUGGCAUACAUCCUUUUCUACCAGAGACGGACAGCCAUACCCUCAUGGUCAGCCAACAGCUCGGUAGCAGGCUCCACAAGUUCUUCCCUGUGCGAACACUGGGUGAGCCGGCUCCCAGGGAGCAAGCAAGCCAGCGUGACCUCGGCAGCUUCCUCCAGACGCACCUCCCUGGCCUCACUCUCUGAGUCGGUGGAGAUGACCGGGGAAAGGAGCGAAGACGAUGGAGGAUUCUCAACUCGACCAUUUGUGAGAAGUGUCCAGCGUCAAAGCCUGUCGUCCCGAUCCUCUGUCACCAGCCCCUUGGCUGUCAACGAAAAUUGCAUGAGACCCUCUUGGUCCCUGUCUGCGAAGCUGCAGCUGCGCUCCAGCUCCCCGUCCCGAUUCUCAGGGGACUCUCCGAUGCACACCUCUGCCUCCACCCUGGAGAAGAUAGGGGAGGAUGACAAGGUCUCCAUCUCUUGCUUUGGUAGCUUGAGAAACCUUUCCAGCAGUUUCCAGGAAGCAAGUGAUAGUCACAGUCAGCGUGAGCACAGGGCUGUGGGUCGGGCCCCUCUGGCUGUCAUGGAAGGUGUGUUCAGAGAAGUAGCAGACAUGCGCAAAUUGAACUCCAGUCUUGUAGAUGCACAGAGCAAAAACUCAGCACAAGGGGACCGCUUACCCCCCGUUUCUGAUCCAUUUGAUAACAAUAACCAGAUUGCUUAUGUGGAUCAGAGUGAUUCUGUGGACAGCUCUCCAGUCAAAGAGGUGAAACCCCCAAGCCACCCCGGCUCACUCUCAAAGAAGCCAGAGAGCACACCCAAGAGAUCCCCCAUUUCCAAAGGCACCUCGGAGUCAGACAGAAGCUCGCGGAAGGGGAGGCCCGUCCUGGCCAGCCAGGAAUCCUCCCUCUCAAGUCCAUCUCCCUCUUCUCCUGUCCCUGUAAAAGUUUCUUUAAAGCCCUCCCGCUCCCGGAGCAAAGCAGAUUCUUCUUCCAGGGCCAGUGGACGUCAUUCGUCCCCUGCCCCUGCCCAACCCAAAAAAGAGUCAUCCCCGAAACCCCAGGACACUGGGCCGUCUUCUUCACCACAGAAGCAAAAGGUGGCCUCUUCCCUCACUCACACUGCUUCCACAUCUGCCAGAAAAGCCUCAGGCCCUGCCACAAGGGGGCCCUUCCCUCCUGGGAAGAGCAGGACUUCAGACAGAAGCUUGACUCGAGAGGGCUCCCGACAAAGCCUGGGUUCUGACAGGGCCAGCGUCACCUCCACCUCCAAACCCAGCUCCCCUUGGGGGGGCCAGGCCAGAGUUGGGGAGGGCAGAGGGGACAGCAAGCAUGUGAGGAGCUCCUCCAUGGCCAGCCUCCGGUCCCCCAGCAUGAGCAUGAAGUCUGGUCUGAAGAGAGACAGCAAGUCUGAGGACAAGGGACUGUCCUUCUUCAAGUCAGCCUUGAGACAGAAGGAAACCCGAAGGUCUGCUGAUCUUGGCAAGACAGCUCUGCUUUCCAGGAAGGCUGGUGGGAGUUCUGUGAAGUCGGCUUGUAAGAGCGCAGUGGAUGAGGCGCUGGAGAGGGGCUGCCAGCCUCUGGGGUCCCAGCAGCCCAGUACAGAUGCAGCUGGAAAAGAGCAGCUUACUUCCAAGGACCCUGCUUCUGCAAGACAUUCGCUGCUGUCCACUCGCAGAUCCAAGUCUUCCCAGCUAGAUUCUGGAGCUCCCUCAUCUCCUGGAGGCAGGCAGUCUGCUGAGAAAUCCUCCAAAAAGUUACCUUCUGGCAUGCAAACCUCUGCACGGCCUUCUCAGAAACCUCAGUGAAUUUCCGCAGUCCAAGUGUUUCAUCUGUAAAAUGUUUAUUUAUUUAAAAUCCCUCCCCU